UUACAUAUGUUGCAGCUCAGAGCUCCUAUGUCGCUACCUUCUGGGUGGGUGGAGGUCCCAACAUCUGUGACCUCUGUACCAUCUGAGUUCCCAGAUUCAUGUGCCCUGCAUGCUGAGACCCCAAAACUCCCUUCAUCUGCUUUGGACCCAGCUGUGGUUUCCACAUUAGUAGCUACUGUACCCUCUGUCCCCUGUCCUGCACCCCUACACCCUACAGUGCCUUCUGUCCCCUGUCCUGCCCCCAUACACCCUACUGGGCCCUGGUUAUUGGUGUCUGCUCUAGCCCAGUUUCCUAUCAUAUGUUCUCCUAUUCUUACUCCUUCUGAGGCAAAUUUUUCCUAGAGCUUACAUCUGUCAGCUUCUAAAUACAAAGUAGCUGCAGAUUGUCAUCACCGGGUGAGUCCCAAAUAUUUCCCGGAAGUUUCCCCUUAAGCCUGGCCCUAAAAAAGUG